UCCAUGGAUCAAUCGACUGUAUAUAAUAACUUGAUGUUUGUGUAAUCUUCUAAUAAGAUAUUACUGCUAUGUCUAGGUACUUAAUAGCCUCUAAUUCACCUUUAUCUUCACUUUAUGCUGAUCUAGUUGUUGAAACCCCGAGGAUAAGGGAAUAAUGCAGUCAUCCUCAUCGCAUGGCUCCGGCUCCCGAUCCUCUAGAUCUACCGGCGAAGAGCCUAAGCGCCGCAAGCGAUACUCGCUCCGGAUCGAAUUUCUCGAUGACGACGAUGACAUCGAAUUUGAAAGAAGCCGCGAAGCCGCACGGCAGCAGAGAAGAUCCGAGCAGGGCUUCGCAUCCUCUCCAAGGGCCUCCAACGGGCGGCCGGAAAACCCACGGGAGACCAGUCAACGAUCUAGACAAGCGUCGGUAAGUUCGACUGCCGCGGCCAUCGGAACUGGAAACCGCAGAGUAUCGGCGCCAAUGUCAGCACGACCACCAUCGGCGCGGGGCCGGUACGAAGGAACCAGAUCCCACGCCAGCCAUACCGGCCAGCGAGAAGAGAACCCCACACCCACCGUAGAGCAGCUAACCCAAGACUUCGACCGCCACAUGACCGUCCAAGACCGCAGCGACAGUGACCUGCCCUCGCGCUUCCAACGACAAAUGUCACUCCGUCACUCACCACCUCCCCCCAAUCCACACCGGGACAGAAAGCCCUCCCGCAAGCACGCAUACACGCAAACCGAUCUCCGCGGGCUAGGGUGGUCAACACUAAACCUUUCCCACCGACCCGCAACCCCGAUCCCCGCAUUCCUGCACGCGCACUCCAGCCCCACCACCCACGAUCACCGCACCAUCGAGGCCGUCUACCGGGAAGGAUUCGAAGCAGGCCAGCGAUCAGCCGCCUCUCCGCUCAUCCCCGCAAGAGCGCCGUGGCCUGAUAUCCGGGCGCCGCGACCAGUGACCCAGCAGCCUACGCCGGAAAGAACAAUGUCAUCGUCGGUACCGCCGCCGUCGGCGGGAAAUCGAUCGAGUGCGAGUCGGUCUAGGGCGCAGAGUCGCGAGAGGCGGGAGCAGCCGUGUCAUCUGAAGCGGUUGAUUCGUGGGUGGCGGGAGCCAUAGCCCCCCGCCCCCGCUGUGGCGGUGGGUUGGGAGGGCUAUGGUGGGGAGGGGUACCUAGGGAGUCAUAUCGGGAGAGGGGAGAGGGCGAGGGAAAAAGGAUGGGGGUAUGAAUUUGUAAAGCUUGUAAAACUAAAUACCUAGCAGUUAUUAGAUAGGUAAGUUUUUGAAUUGUUAGUAGUUAGUAAAAAUACCUAGGAGGUGUGAUUUUGAAAGAAAACGCCUUAGGUUAGGUAGAUGUUAGGUAUUCGAUUAGCAUCGCCCCACUC